UCAUGAUCGCGAUUAAUCGUUUUAGAAUGACAGUUUCGAUGAAAGAAACACGCGUAUCAGUAUGCACUUUAGUAAUCGAAAUGAAAUCGUUGACGAUGAGUUGAUAAUCUAUCGCCAAAUGUUAUGAUAAUAGAAUCACUCGGAGUGAAUAAUUUCAGUUUUACAUGUAAUAUGUCGGAUUGUUUUAACAUAUUUUUACACGCCUAAAAUCUAUAAUUUCAACAAUAUUUUACUAUAUUAGUGAGAAAAAAGAAAAAUAUAGAAAUUUAUUUAUUUAUUUAUUUUUUUUUUUUUUUCCCCUUAAUGUAUUCAGAAAUUUACAAUAUUGUAAAUAAAUUAUCUAUAACGAAUAAUUGAAUAUGGAACGUACUAUGUCUCAUGAUUCUGAAUACGAUGAUGCUCUAGGUGUACCUGAUUCUUUGGAAUUAACAAUUAAUGAAAAUGGAGAGGCAAUAAAUAUUUUAAACAAUGAAGAUAAUAUCGAAGAAAUAGAAUGUACUGGUAUAAUACCAUUUUCUGCCAUACACAAUAUUCCUACGAAAUUGAAAAAAUACAAACAAAAUAUUUUUAUACCCUGCGAGGAAGUUCAUGUAAGAAUAAUAGAUAAUGAACGUAGUGUAACUACGCAUCCUUUAAAUCCAAAUUUAUAUACUAUAGAAUUUACGCAUGGUUCAUUUUCUUGGACAAUUAAAAAGAGAUACAAGCAUAUACAAAAUUUGCAUAAUCAAUUAAAAAUCUAUAGAACGAGUUUAAAUAUACCUUUUCCAACUAAAGGACAUAGAGAAAGGAGAAAUAGUUUAAAAUGUUUGGCAUAUUCAAGAGAAAAGAUGAAAGACAGAGGUGCUUUACCAAGAUUUCCAAAUAAACCAGACGUUUUAGUACCUUAUGAACAAUUAAAUGAUAGAAUGAAAGUUCUUGAAGAUUAUCUUAGGAAUUUGAUUAAAAUGGAUAUUUAUAAACAUCAUCCAGAAACGAUCAACUUUUUGGGAUUAUCUUAUCUAUCAUUUAUAGCUGAUUUAGGAAUGAAAGGUAAAGAGGGUAUAGUACUGAAACGUACCGGUUCAGGAGCUAGAAGUAGAUGUAAUUUCUGUGGUUUACUCGAAGGCAUGUUUUGUGUCAGAUGCAAUCAUUUUUGUGCUUCGAUCUGCGGCAAAUGGCAUUCUCGGCAUCUGCUUGUUAAAGAUACCUUUAUAGCAUAUAUAGAUCCUAAAGAUGGCAAAUUGAAAUCUGUUAUUUUAAUGGAUAACGCUUUUGGUAUUAGUUUUGGAAUGUAUACAACGGGAUUAAGAAAUGGAUUACAAAUAAUAAAUCUAAGUAGACAUAUUGUUUUCAAAUGUUGGACACGUAGACAAGCUAAAGAAUGGAUGGAAUUUAUACAACAAGUUAUUAAUACAGAAGGAAAAGAUUUUAUACAAACAAAUCCACAUAAUUCCUUUGCUCCGUAUCGCUCUCCUAUACCGGCAACUUGGUUUGUGGAUGGUUGCAAUUAUAUGUCAGCUGUAGCUGAUGCAUUAGAAAAUGCCAAAGAGGAAAUUUUUAUUGCGGAUUGGUGGCUCUCUCCAGAAAUUUAUAUGAAACGUCCACCGAUAAAUGGAGAUUAUUGGAGAUUAGAUGUGAUUUUACAAAGAAAAGCAAUGAAAGGCAUUAAAGUAUUCAUAAUGAUAUACAAAGAGGUGGAAGUCGCAUUGGGUAUAAAUAGUUUCUAUAGUAAACAACGACUUGUAGAAAAAUGUCCUGAAAAUAUUAAAGUUUUGAGACAUCCAGAUCAUGCAAGAGUUGGUGUAUUUCUUUGGGCACAUCAUGAAAAAAUUGUAGUAGUCGAUCAAACCAUCGCAUUUCUUGGUGGUAUUGAUCUAUGUUAUGGUAGAUGGGACAACAAUGAACAUAGAUUAAUUGAUUUAGGAUCGGUACAACAUUCCAGUAUAUAUAUUCCGUCAAAAGGAAAAACAGUAAAUACGAGUAGUAAACGAGUAACAAGAUGUAACAUUCGUAAUCACGUAUUACUUCCAUUAGCUAUUGCAACUAAUACAAUAGCAAUGGCAACUACAAAAACUAUACCAGUAUUACCUAUUGUAAGUAAACAAUUAAAAGAAGAAUAUUUACCUCAAUUGAAUGCAAAUGAAUUAAUUAUAAUGCCAACUCCACAAGAAUUUGAUACUAUGAAAUGCAAUACUCCAGAGCCACAAAGAAAAAAUUUAUUUGACAUGGCAAUAACAACAGUUGGAAAAGUAAAGGAUAAUAUUAAAAUAAAACGUAAAGAACUUAUAAAUAUGGUAUAUAAUCCUCAUGAAGGAAGUGAUAGCGAACACGAUGAGAUUGAUAAUGCAACUGUCCUAAGACCACUUGGAAGUGGUGAAGAAAUUUUAACAACAGAUAUAUUUGAAAUUCCUGAUACAACUAAACUUUGGCUUGGAAAGGAUUAUACAAAUUUUAUCGUAAAGGAUUUUAAUGAUUUGGAAAAACCUUAUAGAGAUUUAGUCGAUAGAAGUACUACUCCUAGAAUGCCCUGGCAUGAUGUAGGUGUUUUAAUACAAGGAUCAGCAGCUAGGGACGUUGCUAGACAUUUUAUUCAACGUUGGAAUGCUAUUAAAAUAGAAAAAGCAAAAUUAAAUCCUUCUUAUCCAUUUCUAUUGCCAAAAUCUUAUAAGGAUUUUAGAAAUAAUGCUACAAUGUUCAUUCCACAAAAUAAUAUACAAAAUGUCAAAUGUCAAGUAUUACGAUCAGUUAGUUCAUGGUCAGCUGGAUUUCUUGAUUCAGAUAUAAGAGAAGCUAGUAUACAAGAAGCUUAUAUUCAAGCAAUAAGUAAGGCUGAAAGAUAUAUAUACAUAGAAAAUCAAUUUUUUAUAACACUUGCAACAAUGGAAAUAAAUUAUGUGAAGAAUCGUAUUGGAGAGACUUUAUUAAAAAGAAUUUUACGAGCUCAUAGAGAAGGUGCCAUUUUUAGAGUAUUCAUCGUGAUGCCUUUAUUACCUGGAUUCGAGGGUGAAGUUGGUGGUCCAACUGGAACUGCAUUACGUGCCAUAACACAUUGGAAUUAUGCAUCUAUAUCAAGAGGUAGAAAUUCUAUAUUAAAUCGAUUAAUUGAAGCAGGCAUAUCGGAUCCCAGCGAAUAUAUAACAUUCCAUGGAUUAAGAACUCAUUCUAUGCUCAAUGGUACUCUGGUGACUGAACUCAUCUAUGUUCACAGUAAGCUAAUGAUUGUAGAUGAUAAUACAGUAAUUUGUGGUUCCGCUAAUAUAAAUGAUAGAAGUAUGAUAGCUACUAGAGAUAGUGAGAUAGCUGUUAUUAUUCAAGAUUUAGAAUUCGACGAAGGAAGAAUGAACGAUAUAGCAUUUCCUUGUGGCAAAUUUGCUGGAUCAUUCAGAAAGCAAUUAUUUCGUGAACACUUAGGAUUAUUGAAAAGCAAUGAAGAUAUUAACCUAACUGAUAUAAUUAAAGAAAGUUUCUAUAAAGAUAUAUGGUGCAAGAGAAGUAAAAAUAAUACUGAAAUAUACGAAGAAGUAUUCCAUUGCAUUCCAACUAACAAAGUUGUUAAUUUUGCUACUUUAAAACAGUAUCAAGAUGAAGCCUCUCUCAAUUCUACAGAUACAAUUUUAGCUCAAGAAAUGGUAGAGAAUAUUAAGGGUCAUUUGGUUGAUAUGCCAUUGAAUUUCUUAUGCAACGAAGAUCUAAAACCUGCAGCUGGUACAGUUGAAGGUAUAAUGCCGACAGCUUUAUGGACUUAAAAAAAAAAAAAAAAAAAAAAAAAAAAAAAUAUUUAAAAUAAUAAUAAGACACUUACGCAGACAAUAAUUUGAGCAACUGAAUAUAUAUAGCUAUAAACGAACUGGCUUGCUCAAAAGACAUUUUUAGAAAAAUUUUUUACUUUUAAAAUCGUUCUUUAACAUAAAAUCUUUAGAAAUUUUAAUUAACAGGACAACUAAUUUAUUAAAUAUAUUUUAAUUUAUUAUGAAGAAUAGAAGGAAAAAAAAAAAAAAAAAAAGAAAAGUAGAGAAUAUGACUGUUAAGAAAUUAAGAAUAACUUACAUUCCACGAUAUCUACCUCUUUUAAAUAUAUAAAUAUAAUUGUAACGGGUCGAUGAAAAUCCUCUUGAUUAGUGCUUGUCGUUCAACGUUGUGAUCUAUGAUACUAAAUAUAUAUAUAUGUAUUUGUUGAAAUAUUAUUUUUAUAUGAGGCUUGUUACAUUAAAAAAAAAAUAUAUGUAUUUUGUUAUAUGUUAUAAUCAUAUGACGAGCAAUAAGACAAAAUAUAUGUAUAUACAUAUGUAUGUAUAUUUAAGUAUAACUCCAAUAAUAUCAUCUUCCUUGAGAAAAUAAUUAAAGAAAAUUUAAUAAUUAAAUAAUUUAAUGUCGCAGCCAUUAGCUCGACAGUACUUGCGUAGUUUUACAAUUAUACGCAAUUAUUAUAAUAAUGACGCAAGUAAUAUCGAUUGUCCAGGUCUCACCGCGUGGAGGUUGCUGCUUUCGGAGACCCAAUUUAUAAAUAAUAUAUAUAUAUAUAUAUAUAUUUAUAAAGAUUGAUAUAAAUAGAUUUAUUUAAAUGCGUUUUAAGUGUGUAAUGUUUUAAGAUGAACAACAACAAAAUGGCAGACGAGAAAUGUAAACGCACCGACGAUAUAUUCGUAAUAUUUUUCGAAAAAGUUAUUAACAAUUAAAACUUACUUUUUAAUUUUCUUUAUAAUAUUCCAAUAAUGAGGAGACUUCGAGUUAGGGAUAGUAGCACAAAGAAGAUUCUUCAUUUUUAAAAAUUCUUUCGAUUUGAUUCACCCGCGACGACAGGCGUACCGCACUCAUCGAGUGACUACGCGAUACUAACAUUAAGCGCGUUAAAACUGGCAACAUUGAGGACCGCUUAUAAAUAUAAACACCGCGUGUACGAGUCGUCUAUACGAAAUAAACAAAGGAAGGUUAUAUAGAGAUAGAAAAUAAAAAUUGUUUCGAGAUCUCGACGUUCAU